AUGAGAUCCCCGGGCAGCUACCAAGAGGACCACCGGGAUGUCGAGCCUGAUGUGUAUUUGAGCGGAGUCGGCGGCACGCCCGUGGCCACUGACGUGGGACCGAGCACAGAUAUUAUGAUGCUGGUGAAGCGGAAAUUACUGGAGGCCACUAUGCUUGGAUCUUCAAAGAUCCAGUUGUGCCUCAUUGCUAGGGUCGCCGCCCAGCUCACGAAAGAUGAUCCCAACGGAUUUUCUAUGUACACCCAUUCGAUCAUCGGAGUCAUCCGACUCAGUUUGACAGCUCAUGAGUCUCGGAUUGUACUCCCGACGCUCGUCACCUUCACUAACAAAAUCCUAUCGAGUCGAAAGAGGAAUACCACUACCAAGUCCAACAAUUCGAUCUCUUUUAAGCCCAGCUGUUUGUUUUGGAAUCGGAUUGAAUUUGAGCUCGUCCACGUCUCCUAA